GCGCCGUCGAGGGCCAUGUGCCCCCUGGAGGCCCUCCGCGCCCUGCUGCAGAGGCGCCCGAAGGUUCUGCCGCCGGCGGAGGCGAAGGGCGGGCGUCGGAGGUGGUGGUGGUGGCCGGCCCGCUGCUUGCCCGUGUCGUCGGGGAUGUCCCGCGGCGCCAGCGCCGGCCCCUCGUCGUCGUCGUCGUCGUCGUCGUCUUCGUCUUCCUCCUCCACGUGCUGCUCUUCGCGCAAGGCGGAGCAAGCCCGGAGCCCCUUCGGCGAAGAGCAGUUCCUGGCCGUUUGUCGGGAGUCGGCCAAGCCCCGGGAAGCGGCCAUUGCCGCCUGGGACCUCAUGGCCGAGACCGCAAGCUUCUGUAUCUUCCGGCUCUUCGACGAGAAAUCUGGACUGUAUGAGUAUAAAGUCUAUGCCACUCUUGGUGAUUGUUCCCCAGAUGUAUGUGCAGAAGUGUACAUGGAUUUAACCUACAGAACAAAAUGGGACCGGUAUCUUAGAGAUAUAAGUGAGAAACCUUUUGAGGGCAGAACAGUAAUCCGCUGGGAAGUGAAGUUCCCUUUCCCCAUGGCAAAUAGAGAUUAUGUUUUCGUACGUGAGCGUAAAGAUAUGGAACUUGAAGGGAAGAAGAUCUAUGUUAUAUUGGCUAAAAGCGUGAAUACCUCUAAAUUCCCAGAGAAGAAUGGGAUUGUUAGAGUAAAGAAUUAUAAACAAUGUGUGGCCUUUGAAAGCGAUGGCAAGAAAGGCUCCAAAGUUUUCAUGUCGUACUUUGAUGACCCUGGUGGCAAGGUUCCUUCGUGGCUUGUCAACUGGGGAACCAAGACUGGAGUGCCUAACUUCUUGAUUGAUAUGGAGAAAGCUUGCCACAGUUACCGCAAAAGAUAAAAUUGCUCCUUGAAUGUGACCCAGAUUGAUAGCUUAAAGGUAUAUUUUUAAUGGAUAGUGAGCCAUGGACACAUCACUGCAUAACAUCUGCCUUUUGGGAUAGUAAUCAUGAGCCAUGUAAGUUCCCAGGCAUGUGACAAUGAAACAUAUUAAAACUUUUUGUUUUUCAUUUUC